CGCGCGCGCUGCCACCAAGCGCAAAUUUCAAUCGCGCACGAUCUCUCUCGUCAUCUUCGUCACCUACCUGAUGAUACGGAGUGUGUUUAUCGUGGGUGGACGGAUACGACGCGUUGGUUCGUACGCGCUCGGCAGACUUCGCUUACAGGGACAGAGGCAGGCGUGGGGCCUCCGUACGGUCCCGGCAAGCCGGUGGCGGUGGCGGUCGAACCAGUCAGUUCAAACGCGUCGUAAGCGCCGCGUGCGUUUCGAGUCUCCCGUAUUGCGGAUACAUCAUUGUCGCACAACUCGUUCUUCGCAUAUUUCUUUAUCACGUACGCGUGUACAUCGGACGGGUUACGUCGUCAGCACAACGCGCGCGCGCGCGACGUGCUUGACACGGGCUUAGACGCGACGAAGUGCGGCAAAAAAAAAUAGAAAACAAAUCCCUCCGACAAGUGUUAGACGCUCUAACGACCACCGCCUAGAUCGUCGAGGAUGACUGAUGUCCAGAUGAAUCCGGACGGCAGGCUGCAACAUGACGCGCAGCAAACAGGUGAAGCCAAACGUUCUUUCACCACCGCAAGGCUUUCAGGCGAGACCGCAAGGUCCGCCACCGUCUCCCAGAAAUUCGAUAAAUAAUGGUCCCAUAGGCGCACCUCGACCGGGACAACCAUUACGCCGAUUGGACAGUCGUUCUUCCUUAGGUCCGUCGCCGGCCUCGGGUCAAUUCGUACAGCAUAGACCUUACGGUCCGCCGAGACCACCAGGGAGCUCCUUCCCUCCAAGGUCACUGCAACCCGGUCAACUGUCUCCGCAGAAUCCGCUGUAUCCCUCGAAUCAACGUUUCGUGUACUCCCCGGGGAUCCGCGGUCCCCCACCGCAAGGUGCAGGAGGUCAACGACCACCCUUCGCCGGUAAUCAGCAGGUGUAUCAGGUGCAACAGCAGCAACAACAGCAGCAGCAGCAGCGAGGCAGCAACGAUCCGCGAUUUCAACGACCUGAUAUCGCGCCCGAAAACGGGCCGCGACGACCUAGUCAAGAAUCCGUUUUCCCCAGGCAGUUACUGAGAAAUGACUCAUUGCUGAGCCUGCAACGACAGCAUCUUUCGUCAAACGAGGAGAUCAAGCAGCCGACACGACCGCGCAUUGUCAUCGAAAAAAUGGCGGAUAUAAACGAGACCAACGUUGAUAAACCAGAGAGUUAUCUACAGAGAAAGAAGUCUGACGUCCAUGAAAACGGUGAAAAUGACGACGAUGACGAUGUCGUGAUGGAUAACGAGAAGUCACUGCGACACAAUCAGGAUGGUGUUCCCGAGGGACUGGUAAACGGCUCUAAGUCACCCUCAAUCCCAACAAAACCCAUGAUCCGACCAGGAACGGCCACUAUCGAAAAACCGAGUAAAUAUCAUGAUAAAAUAUCGAAAGAAUUUGCUGAGGAUACGGCAUCGAUAAUUUCUCAAAGCAGACCUUCCUCUGCAGUAAAUGAUGAUAAAGAAGAAAGAAAAGACGAAAAACUCUUUAGCAGACCCCCAUCAAGUAAAGAGAUUGAUAUUGUCGAGAAUUUGACGGAAGAUUUUACAAGAGAUGAAGUAAAUGUACUGCUCGUCGACGACUUAAUGAAUAAUAAAACAUCUCGACCACCGAGCGGUAUGUUGCCAUCCGAACUAAUUGAAGAAAUUGAAGAAAUUCAAAAGCCAAGCAGUCCGUAUAACGAUAAUGCAUUCGGGAACAUUGAACAGAGCUUGAAGACUCCUCCAAAAUCUUCCGACAAUUCGCGUUCUAUCACACCAUCUUAUCUGGACACGCCUCAGAACGCAGAACAGGCAAUAUCGAGGACUCCAUCCAGGACCUCGGACAUGUCACGUUCCAGCACCCCGGCGCACCUGGACGCACCCGAAAACGCGGAGCAGAAUAAAACUCCCGAUAAGUCGCGUUCCAGCACUCCGGCAGGAUUGGAGCCUCACGGAAAUGCGGAACAGGAAUCGAAAACGUUGAUCAAGACGCCGGAUAAGUCGCGCGCGAAUACCCCAGCCGAAUUGCAGCUGCUUGGAAAUGCGGAACAAGAAUCAAAAACGCCGAUGAAGACGCCGGAUAAGUCGCGCGCGAAUACCCCAGCCGAAUCGCAGCUGCUUGGAAAUGCGGAACAAGAAUCAAAAACACCGAUCAAGACACCGGAUAAGUCGCGCGCGAAUACUCCAGCCGAACCGCAGCUGCUUGGAAAUGUGGAACAAGAAUCAAAAACGCCUAUCAAAACGCCGGAUAAGUCGCGCGCGAAUACUCCAGCCGAAUCGCAGCUGCUUGGAAAUGCGGAACAAGAAUCAAAAGCGCCUAUCAAGACGCCGGAUAAGUCGCGCGCGAAUACUCCAGCCGAAUCGCAGCUGCUUGGAAAUGCGGAACAAGAAUCAAAAGCGCCUAUAAAGACGCCGGAUAAGUCGCGCGCAAAUACUCCAGCCGGAUCGGAGCCGCCUGGAAACGCGGAACAAGAAUCGAAAACGCCGGAUAAGUAUUCGCGCGCGAGUACUCCAGCUGCUCAACUGGCACCAUCUCCAAAUGCGGAGAAAGAACCGCAUCUAACCCCGACAAAGGUGUCCGACAAGUCGCGCUCGAGCACGCCAGCCGGAAUAGAAUCGAGUGAUGGCGAAACUUCCAUUGAGAAUCCACAGCACGACAAAUCUGGCAAAGAUACUCUACAAGUGAGAGAGUCCAGCAGACCGGCCUCGUCUACCUUGCGUUCGCCUAACUCAGCGAUCGGCAAAGACGGCAAGUCGUCACCGAAAUCACCGAGAUCACCUACGAUACCGGAGGGUCAAGGUAAAUUAUCGAUAGCGGGGUCAGUAAUCUCGCCAAGAUCGCCUGAAGGCGUGAAGGGCUUCGAUAACGGGGAACAAAGGUCGUUAUCUUCCGGCGGUAGCCCUCGAUUGUCGAAGUCUCCGAAAUCACCCGCAAAACAGACAGAGGCUGAGAAGAAAAAGAAAACGUCCUUUGUCGAAACCACCGUCAAGAAAUCGGUAGAAAUAGCGGACACGGAACCGAUCCUGACUGCAACAUCUCCGUCGAAGUCUACCGCUCCAACGACCAAAACUCCACAUCCGCAAACACCGGCGAAACCGGACGACGAGAAAAAGUCUCCGAAGAAAAAAGCGAUUCAAAAUGGCAGCGAAUCGCAAGCUAAUGCGGCAUCGACUGCAAAUGGAGUAGCAGAAUCGCCAACCAAAAGAUCUAAAGAAAGCGACAAGAGAUCGACGGCUGGAUCGCCUACGAAAUCACCUAGCAAAUCUGUUAAAUCAUUACCGCGAACUCCCGACACGCCUUCGUCAACUGCCCAGGAGAAAAAAAAAGUACCGAUGAACAAAGUUCAAGUUGGCGCUGCGCCUUCCCCGAAUCUGAAGACUGUGCGAUCGAAAAUCGGUUCUCUGGACAACGCGAGUUAUAAACCGGGCGGCGGCAAGGUGAAGAUAGAGAACAGGAAGCUGGACUUCAGCAAAGCGCAACCGAAAAUCGCCGCGAAGAAUGAUAAAUACAUGCCUAGCGGUGGCGACAAAAAGAUCUCUCAAGUAAAACUUCAAUGGAAUGCUAAGCCCAAGGUCGGCUCCUUGGAAAAUGCAACUUACAAGCCAGGCGGUGGUGACAAGAAAAUCGAGACGGUAAAACUCGAUUUCAAAGACAAGGCGAAACCUAAAGUCGGAUCCAAAGAAAAUGCGAAACAUAUUCCUGGUGGCGGCGCCGUUAAGUCUGCGACUCCACCUAAGACACCGCAGGAAACGAAGAACGACAUCCCGACGCAAAAAAUAGAUAUCAAGGCCGAAAGUAAGAUCGGUUCAAUGGACAAUGUGAAGCAUAAGCCGGGCGGUGGCGAAAAAAAGAUUUUCAACGAUAGAGACUAUCUUCGGCAAACGAGUUCCAACGUGGAAAGCUUGAACGGUAGCGGAUCUCAGAGCCCCGUGCCCUCCGGCGCGAUCACCAACUCCGGCAAGAAUGGCCUGCCAGCCUCGGACGAGAACCUGAACCAGGAAUGCUAGGUCACGAAAAGUCGGCCGAUAGACCCGCUUUAACUAUAUCAUUUGCAUACGAUUAAUCAUGUUUACCUAUUCAACCCCCUUUAGAGGACGAACGAGCGCGGUCCUCGCACGCGCCUGAUCGAGAGCGAUAUUGAGACAAAACGGCGCACGGAACUCCUCGGUAAAAUGGAGCAUUGCGAUCGAUAUCUCUCGUCUACCCGCGAGUGACGGAAUUUUUCGCGACGGGCGAACUUAAUCAACGAACAAAGCAAUAUACGUUAUCGCAUUGAUUUGUUGUUAAGUCGAGCGCGAAUUCCAAGUGUGCAUCUUAUCCUGCAUUUGCAGCAACUUUUAGUGGUCUUUAGAAAAAAAAAAAAAAAAAAAAAUAAAAAAGUCAUGA